AUGGAAUCAACGCAUGUAAUAUCCAUUUUGAAUGGAGAAGAGAAUGUUGUUCCAAGGAAGAAUGAUAACACAUUCCAAUUUUCACUUCCACUCGUUUUUUCCCGUCUUAGAGAAAACAAAAUAAUCCAUCAGUUCUCUCUUUGCCCAAUCACUUCCUAUCUGAGGCAAAAGAAAGACACUAAAAAAAUUAUCCACAGCAUCAAAGUUGGAAUCUCCCUUGUAUUGAUUUCACUUCUGUACUUCGUGGAUCCUCUCUAUGAGCAAGUUGGAGAUAAUGCUAUAUGGGCUAUCAUGACUGUUGUGGUCACCUUUGAAUUUUUCGCAGGAGCUACGCUAGGAAAAGGUUUAAAUCGUGGAAUAGGAACUGUAUUAGGAGGUGGACUGGGUUGCAUAGCCGCAGUUUUGGCGCAAAACGUUGGUAAUGGUGGAGUUGCCAACUCGAUUAUCAUUGGAACAUUUGCGACAUAUUGUCGCCUAUUCCCUAGUGUGAAGAAGAGGUACGAUUACGGAGUGAUGAUCUUUAUCCUCACUUUUAAUUUGGUUGUGGUGUCUGGUGUGCGCAUUCAAGAUCAGAAAGUUUGGGAAAUAGCACGUGAACGUCUUUUAACAAUUGUCAUGGAUUUCGUUGUGUGCAUUUGUGUUAGCUUGUUGGUUUUCCCCUACUGGGCCAGCGAUGAACUUCAUGAUUCUACUGUCUAUAGAUUUCAACACCUUGCCAAUGCAUUACAAGUGGAUGGCAAGAAUGGGUUUUGUUGA